CGGCCAUUUCCUUUGACCGGGCUUGGCGCCAUAAGCGCCGGCCAAGCGCUAAAGCGCCGGCGUUCCGCGCCAUGUCGAUCUCUCAACUGUUGCAAUGGGAUGUGUAUUGGACCCGCAAGGCUCAAUCGAUGUCCUUGGGAUACCUGGAAGUGCUCAUCUACCCAGGAUCUUUGGCAUUUAGCUGGGAGGGUGUGGGCUUUUCGCUGGCCCUUUGCGGCCUCCUCUGUGGCUUCCAGCCCCUGCGCAUGGCUUUGUUCGCGCUUUGCUAUGGCCAGCUGCUCAAUCGAGUUCUGAAAAUGAGCAUCCAGCGCUCCCGGCCCGACACACCCGAGGUGAAGCGGCUCUUCAAGACCAUCAUCCCAAAGGAUUCGCAUGCGGACGGUGCUGCCUUCCCCUCGGGCGACACCAUGGCCGGCAGCGUCACAGGCGCCUCGCUGGCCCUUGCGGGCUGCGGCUGGGCUUGGUGGCUCCUAGGGCUGUACGUGGGCUUCGGUCGGGUGUAUUUUCUGGCUCACCACUGGCUGGACAUCUUUGCAGGCUAUGCUGAGGGCUGCACUGUCUCCUUCAUUGCCUUCAAGAUGAUUCGCAUGCAUCACGCCUUCGACCUGCAACAGCUUGGAGGGCUCUUGGUGGCGGCACUGGGAUUCGGCUUGGCCAUGAAGCUUACCAAGAGGCUUCACAGUGGCCCUGCCAAAGCAAGCCACCUAUUUUUGCUGGCUGCUGGCAUCGCACUGAUGAUCUUGGCGCCCACCAUUUGAGCCCGCGAGGCCGUUCUUGUUGCGCGGGGCCACAGUGUAGAUGCGAUCGGCCACCGAUUUUCCUCCGGCGACGAAUGCCAGAAUGGAUGGCAGCUGCAGGGUGGGUAUUCAGGGCGGGCUCAAC